AUGACUAUCGUCCUCGACAUUAACACGCGCUUUUCAGACGUGGGCCUCGCCGGGGAGGCCUCACCUUCCAUCAUACCCUCAUUCAUCGGAUACCCAGUUAGUCCUGCGGGCUUGGACGUCAAGGAGAUAGGGUUCGUGCCAUUGGAGUCCGAGCGGAAGCUGGACCACGUUGACGCAUUACCGGUGCUGGAUUUCGCGGCGAGCGGUCUGGGAGGUGGAGGAGAUAAGUUGAGGUACAACCAAGACGCGCUGGCGGUUUUAUGUCGGUAUGUGACGGAGCAGCAUGUGGGCGAACGGGAGCUGUUAUUGGUAUGCCCUUCAUUGUGCGGGCCGGAGUUCAGGUCUGCGGUAGCGGAGGUGCUUUUCGAGACGCAUGGCCUUGAGCGCAUCUUGCCGCAGCGAAGCAGUGUGGCGGCGGCCUUCGGCUGCGGACGCGUGAGCGCGGUGGUGCCAGACCUGAGCUGUCAGUACGUGCAGGUGAGCACGGUUCAGGAGGGGCAUGUGCAGAGCGAGGCGCACGAGGUGACUCGCGAUGCUUACGUUUCCAUUGAGCAAGUGCCACUCGCCUUUCCCUACGACGCAAAAACAAACCCCUUUGUUUCGCAAUCUUUUCUGGAGUUCGCCAAAUAUUAUAGAGUCUACCUACCUGCUCUCCGCCGUCCCCCUGUUGAAAGCUGCGUUGCGCCAGAUGGGACACACCUGCAAUGCACACAAGCACACCCGGAAGUGGACGCGGCUGGGCUAGCGGGGGUGGUGGAACGGCUCGCAGGCGAAGUGACGCGACGAGUCACAAACUUCGACGUUCUCUCUGCCGUCGUCCUGGGCGGAGAGGUUCCGCACUUACUCCAGUUCGACCAGUUGACAAGUGACAUGCAUGUCGGAGGUCUGCCCUACAUACAAAAGGCCGCUGGCGGAACCGUUGGCAGGGGCUGGCGCUUCCUUUCACACGACCGGAGCGCGUGGUUUGGGGGCAGCAUACUCGGCAGCCUUUCCAUUUACGCUCAAACAGCCGUCGACCGCUCACAAUGGAAUGAACACGGAACGUCCAUUUGGGAGAAGUCUGGACUCUGCUGA